AUGUUCCAGACCUUGCACAUCAAUGUUCCAUUCAUUGUGGCCCUCACUCAAAUGCCUUGCUAUGCUAAAUUCCUCAAGGAAUUGUUGACUAACAAGAGGAAGCUAGAAGAGGUGUCCACUGUCACUUUGAGCGAGAAAUGCUCCGCUAUUAUCUCCAACAAGAUCCCCAAGAAGGAGAAAUACCCGGGAGGUUUAAUCAUCCCAUGUACUAUUGGGGGGAUGCUUGAAGGAAAAGCACUUGCCGAUCUUGGAGCAAAUGUAUUAGUUAAUGUGGACCGAUUUAUCUUCCUGGCGGAUUUUGUCAUUCUAGAUUUAAAUGACAAUGCUAAGAUUCCCUUGAUACUUGAGCAUCCAUUUUUAGCCACUUCACAAGCUUUAAUUGAUGUCAUGGAUGGUCGAAUGGUAUUAAGAGUGGGUGAUGAAGAAGUGGUAUUUAAGUUGAAAGAUGCGAUGAGCCACUCUAUGGAUGGUGAUGACAUGUGGUAUGCUUUAGAUAUUAUUGAUGAUUGUGUUUUAGAUUUUAUGCAGGACACGUGGAUGAAGGAUAACUUGACUGAGUUACUAGAUGAUGAAGAACCACCUGAUGGAUUCGUGGAGCUCCACCCUUAA